CGUCCAGCGACCACCAUGGUGAGGCUCGUGCUGCCCAACCCCGGCCUGGACACCCGGAUCCUGUCCCUGGCUGAGCUGGAGACCAUCGAGCAGGAGGAGGCCAGCUCCCGGCCGAAGUGGGACAACAAGGCGCAGUACUUGCUCACCUGCGUGGGCUUCUGCGUGGGCCUCGGCAACGUGUGGCGCUUCCCCUACCUGUGUCAGAGUCACGGAGGAGGAGCCUUCAUGAUCCCGUUCCUCAUCCUGCUGGUCCUGGAGGGCAUCCCCCUGCUGCACCUGGAGUUUGCCAUUGGGCAGCGGCUGCGGCAGGGCAGCCUGGGAGUGUGGAGCUCCAUCCACCCGGCCCUGAAGGGCGUAGGCCUGACCUCCAUGCUUGUGUCCUUCGUGGUGGGACUGUACUACAACACCAUCAUCUCCUGGAUCAUGUGGUACUUAUUCAACUCCUUCCAGGAGCCUCUGCCCUGGAGCGAGUGCCCGCUCAACGAGAACCAGACAGGGUAUGUGGAUGAGUGUGCCAGGAGCUCCCCUGUGGACUACUUCUGGUACCGAGAGACGCUCAACAUCUCCACGUCCAUCAGCGACUCGGGCUCCAUCCAGUGGAGGAUGCUGCUGUGCCUGGCCUGUGCAUGGAGCGUCCUGUACAUGUGCACCAUCCGCGGCAUCGAGACCACCGGGAAGGUCGUGUACAUCACCUCCACGCUGCCCUAUGUUGUCCUGACUAUCUUCCUUAUCCGAGGCCUGACGCUGAAGGGCGCCACAAAAGGCAUCGUCUACCUCUUCACGCCCAACGUCACAGAGCUGGCCAACCCGGUCACCUGGCUGGACGCGGGCGCACAGGUCUUCUUCUCCUUCUCCCUGGCCUUCGGGGGCCUCAUCUCCUUCUCCAGCUACAACUCUGUGCACAACAACUGCGAGAGGGACUCGGUGAUCGUGUCCAUCAUCAACGGCUUCACAUCAGUGUACGUGGCCAUUGUAAUCUACUCCAUCAUUGGGUUCCGUGCCACGCAGCGCUACGACGACUGCUUCAGCACGAACAUCCUGACCCUCAUCAACGGGUUCGACCUGCCUGAAGGCAACGUGACCCAGGAGAACUUUGUGGAGAUGCAGCGGCAGUGCAACGCCUCCAACCCCGCGGCCUACGCGCAGCUGGUGUUCCAGACCUGCGACAUCAACUCCUUCCUCUCAGAGGGCGUGGAGGGCACAGGCCUGGCCUUCAUCGUCUUCACCGAGGCCAUCACCAAGAUGCCGGUGUCCCCACUGUGGUCCGUGCUCUUCUUCAUUAUGCUCUUCUGCCUGGGGCUGUCAUCUAUGUUUGGGAACAUGGAGGGCGUCGUUGUGCCCCUGCAGGACCUCAAAGUCAUCCCCCCGAAGUGGCCCAAGGAGCUGCUCACAGGCCUCAUCUGCCUGGGGACAUUCCUCAUUGGCUUCAUCUUCACGCUGAACUCCGGCCAGUACUGGCUCUCCCUGCUGGACAGCUAUGCCGGCUCCAUUCCCUUGCUCAUCAUCGCCUUCUGCGAGAUGUUCUCUGUGGUCUACGUGUACGGUGUGGACAGGUUCAAUAAGGACAUUGAGUUCAUGAUCGGCCACAAGCCCAACAUCUUCUGGCAAGUCACGUGGCGUGUGGUCAGCCCCCUGCUCAUGCUGAUCAUCCUCGUCUUCUUCUUCGUGGUCCAGGUCAGUCAGGAGCUGACCUACAGCAUCUGGAACCCUGGCUACGAGGAAUUUCCCAAAUCCCAGAAGAUCUCCCACCCGAACUGGGUGUAUGCGGUGGUGGUGAUUGUGGCUGGAGUGCCCUCCCUCACCAUCCCCAGCUAUGCCAUCUACAAGCUUAUCAGGAACUGCUGCCAGAAGCCAGGGGACCGUCAGGGGCUGGUGAGCACACUGUCCACAGCCUCCAUGAACGGGGACCUGAAGUACUGAGAAGGCCCAUCCCACGGCGUGCCACACACUGGUGUCAGGGAAGGAGGAACCAGCAAGACCUGUGGGGUGGGGGCCGGGCUGCACCUGCAUGUGUGUGAGUGUGAGUGUAUACUCAUGUGUGUGAGUGUAUGUAUUAUACAUGCAUGUGUCAUGUGUGCAGAUAUUUAUCAUGUGUGCACGUACAUGCAUGGGCACUGUGUGAGUCUGCAUGUGUGUGCACACAUAUACAUGUGUGUGGGUGUGUGUAUUGUAUAUGCAUGUGCCACGUGUGCAGAUGUGUGUCGUGUGUGUGCAUGUACAUGUAUGGACAUUGUGUGAGUGUACAAGUGUGCAUGCAUAUACGUGUGUGCAAUAUUUGCUGCCCACGUGUGUGUGCAUGUAUAUAUGGACAUACAUGCCAGUGUUGUGUGUGGUGUGCAUAUGUGUGAACACACACGUGUAUACAUGCAUGCAUGUGUGCUUUUACAAUGGGUGUCCACAUGCACACGUGGAUGUACACCUGUGAGUGUAUAUACAUGCAUGCAAUUGUAUGUGUGUUCUGUGUAUGUGUGCUUGCAUGUAUAUAUGCACGUGUGUGCAUGUAUGCCUGUGUGACAUGUGUAUGUGAGCAUGUGUACGUGUGUGUAUACGUGUGUGUUGUAUAUAUGUGUGUGUCUAUACCUGUUUGUGUAUAUGUGCGUGACGUGUGCUCGUGUGUGUGCAUAUUCAGGCAGGUGUGCAUUUGUGCGUGCCUGUGUGUGUGUAUGUGCGCAUAUGGACACGUGUGGAUAUGUGUGCAUACACGUCGAUGGGAUGCGUGCCUGCCACUCGGGGCCCAGCUGCCCUCUGUGUUUGUCCUUGCCACAGUCACGCGGGGCAUGUGCAGAGGGGAGCAGACCACUGGGGAGGUGCUGCGCCCUGCACAUGCCCAGGGGAAGCGGAAGCUGCAGCUGGGGUGGGGGGCAACACCUCCAUGCUUCAUCUCUGUGGAUGGCAGGAGACAAAAGCACAGGUUACUGUCUUGGCUCCUGGGAGCGACUCUUGCUGCCCACCCCUACCCAUCCCCUUCCCCUUGGUGUUGACCUUUGACCUGGGGGUUCCCAGGGCCCUGUAGCCCUCAACUGGGAGCAGCCUCUUGGAAGCUGGAGUGGGCAGUUGCUGGCGAUUCUGAGAAAACUUGGCCGCAUCCUCCGGGGCCCUGCCUCCAGUCGGCCCCUGCCGAGUCUCUGCGUUCUGGCCAUCUCCCGGCUUAAUGAAUGCCAGCCAUUUAAUCAUUGCUCCUGCCACCACAAAUAGAUGAGCAGUUAAAUGAAACUCAACUUGGCAUAAUUCAAGGCAAAUACCACUGUGCAUUUUCUUAAGAGGACAUGAGCUGUGUGAAUUUUUAGCCAGCCUUUGGAAAAGAUGGGUUACAGGGUAACUCAACCCUGGCUGCCAUCCUUGGGCACUCUGUGUGUCCAGGGCACCUUGGAGACCAUGCACCCCCAGAAGCCUCCAGCCCCUGCACCACUCCGUGAAGCCCAGCCUGGCGCCCGCCCUGCCCCUGUCACAGGAUGGGCCCCUGUUGGGGUUCGACGUUCUAUCUCAGCCAAAGGCAGUCGGCACUUGGGACAUCUGCUUCAAUGGACAGGUCACCUCUGCUUUGCACGGAAGAAUCUGGACGCUUACAUUAAACUGAUGUUCUGAGAAUUCCUACGUACAGGUCACCUCUGCUUUCCAUGGAAGAAUCUGGACGCUUACAUUAAACUGAUGUUCUGAGAAUUCCUAUGGACAGGUCACCUCUGCUUUCCAUGGAAGAUUCUGGAUGCUUACAUUAAACUGAUGUUCUGAGAAUUCCUACAGGCAGGACUGAAAGCCUGGUGUGUGCCAGUGUGAUGUUCCACCCACAGAAACCUGGUCACAAUCGUCCCUUCCAGCACCCCAUCCGGCGGUGACUGCACACACUGAGUCCUCCUGCCAGCCUCUUCCACCCCUGCUGACUGUCACUGGGCCCUGAGAUGUGCAAGACUCCACAGCAGCAGAGGUGGGGGGAAACAUCACAGCCUCUGCCCCCGGCUGUGAUGCCACCGAGGGGAUCGCCUGCUGAUGGCUUCAACAGGGUCUCACCUCAUCUUUUCCAGCUCUUGGGCCCUUAAUCGAGAAAAUUCCCAUCAGUGCCCCAUUAAUAUGCUGCCCUGUGGCGUCUGCCCAGGAGGCCCUGUCAGGCAUGCACAGGUGUGCAUUGGUUUACCCUGGCAUGCACAGGUGUGCACUGGUGUGCCCUGGCGUCCAUUGGUGUACCCUGGUAUGCCUGCCAUAGGACCCUGGGCGGGAGCUCCCAUCUCAUCUACAUCUCCUGAUUCAUGCGUUGUUUCAUAGGUUUCAAUGUCUCUGUAAAUGUGGUAGAAAUGCAGGCUUUAUGGGCAUAAAGUGUACGUUUCUAAAUGAAUCCCUUCUAUUUAAUAUUCUCACCCUAAAAGUUACUGUUGUCCAGACGUAGAGGGAUGAGUGAGCCAGUGACCUCAGAGGGGAUGGUGGGGACGGCAGGUCCAGCUCCUGCCUCCUCCUGGGGGUCUGGCUUUGGGGGCUUGCUCUGAAGAGGCCAUGGCCCAGGCCUGUGGCCUUGCGACGGGGACCAACCAGCUCUUCACAUCUUCUUUCCUCACACUUCCUCUCACUCAAAUAAGAACCUUCCAAAAAUGUGUCCACCUGGGCCCCUGCCCUGGGACUCAUGGAUUUGGAGUUGUGGCCUUGCGGUUGAGGGGUGCAGUGUCCAGUGGAAUGGGGCAAUUGUGGUCCUGGGGGCCCUUGGCCUGUCCCUGGCGGGAGCAUCUGCAAGAAGGAGCCCCAGAGUCCAGGGAGCACUGUGCGGAGCUCCUUAGAGCUGAACUCACCCGGUGUCAGCUCGUCAACCCUCCACCCAUGGACAGGGGUGCCCCGAGCACAGGAGAGGACUCAGCCCUCUGCCCCCACGCAUGGUGGGUACCUGUCACCCUGUCCUGCCCAGUGGCCCGAGGGCAGCAGUGGGUGUGAGGGCAGCCCCCGGCCUCCCAAGAGCAGCUGAGAGGAUCCCUGUGGGAAUUUGGGCUUCGGGUGCAUGCAAUCUGAUCUGAGUUGUUUCUGACAGUGACAGAGUGACAAUCUACAAGUAUCUCAACAUCAAAUGGUUAAA